UCGAUUCGCUCGGUUGGCAGUGUUGGCACAUCCGUUGGAACUUUCAAAUUAGACAGCGUACGUACGCACGCACGCGAUCGAGGGAGGCUUCUCGGAGAGCUUACCGUGUCAUUCGACCGAAUCCAUUGUUUCUGAAUCGGAGCUGUUACCGCCAUCGCGGAAUCUGAAGACGCGAUGCCGCACAACAUUUAUUAUUCCGACAAGUACUACGAUGAUAAAUUCGAGUACAGGCAUGUGGUUUUACCCAAAGAAAUGGUGAAGCUGGUGCCAAGAACUCAUUUGCUGUCCGAGCAAGAAUGGAGAGCUAUUGGGAUUCAACAAAGUCAAGGAUGGGUGCACUAUAUGAUUCAUGAUCCCGAACCACAUAUUUUGCUAUUCAAGAGGAAAAUAACGACGCCUCUAGAGCUGAGAAAAAAAAAAGAAUUAAACGCAGCGAAGUUGUAUCGUUUUGAACUUGUAGAAUUCAUUCAUUUGCAUUAUACUAGAUUAGUGCCCAUUAAAGGUUACUGUACAUGA